UGCUGUCACGCACAUUCGGAGUGUCCGGAAAAGCUUUCUCCGCAAAUGAGAUUUUGUGCCUCGACUCUGGGACACGUGUAAAUAAUCCAAAAUAAUCAAUAAAUCCGAUCCCUCACGGUGAAAAAAGUGCUGGCGAGGGAAAAUGUGUAGACAAAGUGUUGGCAUCAGCAAAAAGUAUCACCAAUAAGUGGCCACUGAGUGGCGUUUUGUGAGCUGUAAAGUUUCCUCGACGUCUUUUGGUCUGUCCCCCAUCUGAAUUUCUCUAUUUAUUUCUGAGCUUCCGCCCCAACCGUGGGGAGAGAGUGCUUCACAUAAUGGAUGAGACUCUGAUGCUACUAUGCCUUGUGGUGGUGAUGCUAAUUGGAUCCUAUUUAGCAGGAAACAUUCCACUGGUUGUCUCACUUUCUGAGGAGAAAUUGAAGGUGGUAUCGGUAUUUGGAGCUGGUCUUCUCGUGGGAACUGCCCUGACUGUGAUAAUCCCCGAGGGGAUUCGUGCACUCUAUGACGAUGCAACUGUGACUCCAGUGUCUCCGGGGAAUCAUGUUGAUACCUCGUCGAAAGACACACUGCCAGAAGCUCCUCAUGCCCCAGAACAUUCCUCAACUAUUGGCCUGUCACUUGUACUGGGCUUCAUCUUCAUGAUGCUGGUGGAUCAGAUCUCCACGAGGCGCGAUGGAUCCACUGAACGCAAUAUGACUGCCACAAUUGGACUGAUUGUCCAUGCGGCAGCUGACGGUGUGGCACUGGGAGCAGCUGCUCACACUAGUCACCACGAUGUCGAAAUGGUGGUCUUCCUGGCCAUAAUGCUUCACAAGGCACCAGCUGCAUUCGGUCUCGUGUCCUUUCUGCUUCAUGAAGGCUUCGAUCGUCACCGUAUCCGGAAGCAUCUAGCCCUGUUCUCAUUGUCUGCACCUCUGCUGACACUCCUGACCUACUUUGGCAUUGGACAAGAGCAAAAGGAGACCCUGAACUCCUUCAAUGCUACAGGCAUUGCCAUGCUCUUUUCAGCCGGAACUUUUCUCUACGUGGCCACAGUACACGUCCUACCGGAACUCACUCAUGGCCAGACAUCUCCUGGCGGUGGUUCUGGGCCCCACUACAGCCAUUUGGAGCAGGGCGGGGCAGCUCCGGCCAAAGGAGGAGGAUACGGGGGUCUAAGGAAUUCAGAAUUAGUGAUUCUCAUCUGUGGUGCCCUUUUGCCACUGCUCCUCACCAUGGGCCAUCACCACUGAAGCCCCUGGAGGCCAAAAAACAAAACCAUACCAAUGUACUGAACAUUUUUUAUUCAAUACAGAUCGCACUUUGAUGUGUGUCCUUUCAA